UGUUAAAAUGCAGAGACAUGUAUAUCCUGCUUGAAUGUUUAGUAUAAUGGUUGACGGAAAUGUCUAAACUCUGUGUGGUAGUUUGUGGAUGUCUUUUUCUCUUGUUAAAAGGAACUUCGACGUUGGAACUGAAAUCCUACUCUGCAUGUUACGGCAUAUUAUUUGAAAACUUCCUCCAACCAACAUGUUCGACAGGGGAGAAAAUGGCCGUCGUUGGUCUCACUUCCUUGGCAAAAGAACUGAGUACAUCAUGUCCAAUUCAGGUUACAACACCGAAUACAGUUCCAGAAACAUGCUGUCAAUACAACCUAAUUGACUGUUCUAUACGUUACGUAGGGUCCACAUACAGAACCUAUUAUCGACAGUGCAAUGGCAACGUUGGGUGCACCAUACAAGUAUCAUGGGUAAAUGCAAAUUGUAAUCAGACUGUUUAUCUGGCCAGAACCAAUUACAUGAAGAUGGAUUAUUAUUGUAUUUCAAAUCAAGGUCUAGACCCUUGUUCAAGUUUAAACACAAAAGACAGCCGAGUUUUUCUAUGGAACCCUGGAUAUCCCUCAUCCCCUCUUACAGGAUCUACUUCCUGUACAUGCUCAAUUGAGGCUUCGUGUGAUUCUACUGUAAGAUUAACAGCACUAGACCUUAGACUUGGUUCCAGUACAGCUUGUAACCAAAGUAUAACAAUAACUGAUGGAGCUACAGUCCUGGCAUUUGACUGUAAUGAUAACAAUGAUUACCUACCUACCACGCUUUAUGUUAGUACCUCUCACUUCAUACAGAUACAGAUCAAUAGUUACUUAGAAACACUAGAUGGAUAUUAUUUUAUAUUACUUGAAGGAACAUCUCCAGGUGCAGAAUUAACAUUAUCUUGUGCAAGUACAGCGCAAUCUACACCUGUUGUACCUCCCACUAGUUUACCUGUAUGUCCAAGUACUGAUUUGACUACUGAGAGUUUAACAACGCCAGAAACUACAACAGAGGAUAACAUUAGUUCAGCAACUCCGACUUCAUCAGUUAAAAGUACCACUGUCGAGUCGGACACUACUACAACUACUUCUGUUAUCCGCACAGACUCAUCAACAACUGAUGUCAUCACCGUUGUGUCCACUACUGGCGGCAAAACAAUAACAGUUGGUACAGGCACGGAAAUCUCAUCUUCUAGGGCAAGUGAAAACCCCAUGACAACUAUCAGUGGGACAAAAGGGACUGCCGAAACAGUUACAAAAUUGAAUACAGGAACAACUAAUGAAAUCACAAGACAAAGUGGCAUGUCAACAAAGGGGACUAUUUCAAUGAUAUCGAAUUUAACCGACGAUACUAAUUCACAGCCUACCACCACAAAAACAACCACUAAUAUUUCAAUAACGGAACCAAUCUUUGUUUCUCUUGGUUGGACAUCGACAGAAAAAGACAUCAGUGCUAAUGUAACUUUCACGACAUUAUCUUCAGUCAGUGAAAGUUUACAAACGACAUCUGCUGUUGUACAUGAGCAGACGACACAGACAAAUGUAACAGAUACUGAUAAGGAGGAAGCGUCACCAACUAGUAGCAAGUGUAAGUAA